AUAAUCAACCAAUUUCUUCUAUCACCAUGGAUUUCAACAGGGAGAGCUCAAGAAUCUCAUCUAUGGAGCAGCAGCCUCAAAUUCCAUCUCUCCAAACAGAGAAGAAAAGAGGCAUAGGAAUAGCAGCAGAGAAUGGAAGGAGAUACCUUGGGGUGAGGCAAAGAGCUUCAGGGAAAUGGGUGGCAGAAAUCAAGGAUUCUUCACAGAAGCUGAGGCUGUGGCUGGGAACUUUUGAUAGAGCAGAGGAUGCUGCCUUGGCUUAUGACACUGCUGCCAGGCUCCUGAGGGGAAGGAAUGCAAAGACAAACUUCCAGUACGAUGGGGUCAGCAAUACCUAUCAAGACAACUGCAGCCUGGUGGGGAAGAACCCGAGGCUUUACCAGAUUAUGCAACUCGCUGUCAUGAAGAACCAUGCUAGAUCCAACUCCAUGUAUUUGAGGGGUAACAGCGUUGAGUCUGUUGAUUUCGACACCGAUACCCUGGUGGAGGAAACUAUAUUUUGUUCGUCAAGUUCUUCAGAUCAUGAUCAGGUGGAUACGAACAAAAUAUGUCCGCUCUCGCUUGGGAAUUCUAAGGUUUAUUCUUCUGUUAUUGUAGCUCCUUCUUUUAGUGCUUCUUUGAAUCAAGGAAAUCAAGAAAAGAGUUCUCAGGAACAUGAAAUUUAGCAGGUAGUUUGAAUAAGUUGCAGUGUUGGUUUUCACAUGGAUUAGUUUUAGAUUGGAUAUUUUUGUGGGGACAAAAACAUUUCUACCGUCGCAUAAAGCUUGCUUGCUUUUCACUAUUUCUGUAUUUCAUAGUUCUUACUAACCAUUAACAGCCUGCUUACAUCCAAAUACAUGUAUAAUCUUAUCUCACUGCUAACACUUGCAAUGGUAAUAUUCUAAUAAAUUAGAAAAUGCGUU